AAAGCGAUGACAUCGAUGAUUUUAACCACACAUCGGUUUCUCUCUGCGCUGCUUUAGAUGAGGACUUCCUGCGUCACGUUUUCCUGUCAAACAUGGCGGCGACCUUGUGUGCCAAGCUGCUGCCUAAACAAGGAUGGCUGCCCCUCACUCAGAGUGUGCGGCAUGGGUCCAAGGCUGUGACCCGACACAGGAAGCCCAUGCACAUCCUCAGACAGAAGCUGAUGGCUGUCACAGAAUACAUUCCUCCUAAACGGGUUGCCCCCCGAGGCGCCUAUCCGCCCCAAACCAAGAAAGUUCAGGAGGAAAGUGGUCUGGCAUUGCUCUUAAAGAGGGAAGUGCAACGUGUUUUCCAAGACUGUAAGAUGAUUGCUGUGGCCCAGAACAACGCCAGCAAUUCUGAAGACAUGAUGCUUCUCAAGUACAGGCUGUACAAACACGGCAUUGCUGUCAAGUUCUUCCCCAACCAGGUGAUUCGGUCGUUCCUGGCGGACAGCAUUUACUCCAACAUGGCGCCUCUGUUCAUCGGUCCAACAGUGUUGCUUGUUAGUAAAGAGCCAAAGGCAAAGGAGAUGCUGGCGACUCUGAAACACAGCCCUCAGAUGGUGCUGCUGGGAGCCUGUGUGGAGAACACACUGCUGAGUGCACAGGGGGUGGCGAGCUACUCCAAGCUACCAUCAGUGACCGUCGUCCAGGGUGAGCUCGUCAGUGGUCUGACCAUGCUGACCUCCCACACGGCCUCCAUGCUCCAGCGGCAUCCAGCCCACCUGUCAGCCCUGCUCCAGCAGUACGUCAAACAGCAGAGCCCAGACAGCAGCGCAGACGAGGCUCCCAAGGCGGAGGAGGCCACGUAGAGUUUCAGCCUCAGUGGAGGAAGUUAUGAGACUGUUGCCCAACAGAACUGAGGCUGCUUGGAAGAAAGAGGGAGUGUAUGUUUGGACACACACUUGAAAAUUCCUUAUAAUUUAGUACGAAAGUUGGGUGUGCCAGCCAAAUUCAAGACUUGAGAGGGCUUGUGAUAAGGAAGGCAAUUAUUCUCAUCUUUUAAAUUUGUGUGGAACAGCGUAAUUGGUACUAAAUUUAUCUGAAAUUUUCAGUGUGUGUUCACCUGUUUGAGCAUCAUGGCUUCUCUGAAUGAAGAGGAAGUCUGCAGAGCCAACUGGUGUCAGUGCACUUCAGACUCUUCUUGGAAAUCUUGCAUGGACAAUACAGCAAGAACAUUGUACUCAAGGCCUAUUCGGGUCCUGUUUAUUCAUAUUUUGAUUAUGCCUCAAAUUUUGUUUUAUUUAAGGAUACUGGCAUAGACAAAUAAAUAAUGUCAACUGUU